AUGGAAGACUUUGAAUCGGUCACCCUAGCCAAUCAACGCAAAGCACUGCAUCGUGAGCAAACUCGCACACGUCACAUUCUAUUGGGCAUCUAUAAUUAUGGCCGUUUCCUUGGAAUCAUAAAUGCCUAUUGGGAUAGGCAACAGGCCAGAGUGAUUCCGUUGAGCAAGUACUACAGAGCAGUCACAACGAUUUUCAAGUUGGCCAUUGUUAUCGGCUAUUGGGAUGUCAUACCGGAAUUGGUGCACAAUUUCAUCGCAAAACCCAAUAGCUUCGAACAACUAUUCUCGCUGGUUCAAGUCAUUUCAGUGGUGGUAUUCAGCGUGGGUUUGGUCAUUCUAAAGAUCCGUGAUGAUCCCAAGCUCAAUAAAAUGAUUAAUGACUUUGCCCAACUUAACAAGGAAGUUGCAGCUCUGGAUAGCAUUCCCUUUACGCUGACCCGAAGAUUUGUCGCUUUAUUCUCGCUCAAAACGGUAAUCACCCUGUUGGGCUAUGUGAACGAAAUGCCAAAUAUUUUGGAUGUGGAAGGCCUCAACAUCUACUCCCCGGUCAACAUUGCCAUUGGCAUAUACCUGUGGUUAGGUUCCAUGUAUGUUUUGGAUGGUUGCUAUAUGGGAUUCCUUUUGUUGUCCAUGAUGUACUACAACAUUGGCAAACAUUUGCGUCGCAUGUUGGCCAAUAUGAAACAUAUCGAAAUAAGCAGCCAGGUGGGAUCCUCCUUGACCAACUACAACCGAAUGAAGCUGCUCUGUGACUACUCCGAUAAAUUGGAUCACAUAUCCUCGUUGUAUUGUCGUCUCUACCGACUCACCAAGGACUUUGUGUGCCUCUUUCAAUGGAACAUUCUAUACUAUCUCUACUACAAUUUCAUGGUCAUCUUUCUGCUGCUCAACCACUGCAUCUGGCAUUAUAUUCAGGAUGGCAGCAUACAUGUUGCUGAGAUCCUCUAUGUUUUUGUUAAAAUUAUCAAUUUGGCAUUUAUGAUAAUGUGCGCCAAUGACACUGUGGACAAAUCGGAAAUGGUCAACCAGCUAAAUUUGGAUGUGGUCUGUUCGGACAUUGAUGUUAGAUGGGAUACAAGUGUGGAAACCUUCCUGAGUCAACGAAAAGUGGAAAAUCUGGAAAUUAAGGUUUUCGGCUUCUUCACCCUCAACAAUGAGUUCAUCCUAAUGAUGUUAUCUGCAAUUAUUACGUACUUAUUCUUUAUCAUACAAUUUGGCAUGAGCGGUGGUUUUGUUAACACGAAUUCAUCUUACCAUGAAAUUGACGAUAAUAUUCCAGCAAUGCAACAACAGCGACAGCAAGAUAGACAGCCAUCAUCCACAAUUAUCAGUGACAACUUGCUUCACUUGCAUCAGCCACUGACAUCUGGGAUGCGUUCCAUAGCCAUGCGUGUUACGGAGAGCAAUUACAGAAAUAUUCCACAAAUUCAAAAUUAA